GUCAUUAUUGUGAUUUUUUGGGGUUUGGCCUUUCUGUUCCCGAUUUCGAAACAAAAAUUCCCAAUUCCCCGCACGAUGGCUGACCCGAAGUUCCAAUAUCUGCCGUACAUCGCCCACGACCAGCCGGACGUAUACGAGACGGCUGGCGUGAACGAGGCGGACAACACGUCGGAUUACGACGAGGAGGAACCGGUGAACGAUGCCAUCGAGCGGCUGCACCUCUCCACCAAGGACUCGAUCGGCAAGUUUAAGGGCAAGUACCUCGUCGGCGACGUGGACUUUUCCGACGGCAUCGGGCGCAAGAAUCGCCUCGGUUACGAUGCCCGCAGCCUGGACUACGAGCUGGCCGGGGAGGGUGAAAAGGAGACCCCGUUGCAACGUUGCCAUCGGCUAAAGUGCGAGAUGAACGAGCUGAUGGAAGAGAUCGAAGCAACCAGGGCUGAUACGCGCCGAACGGCGGAGGAGAAAGCGUCCUACGAGACGGUGUUCGGAGUCGUCAGCACCGCCAAGAAGGUGCUGGAAAGCUUGAAACUGGAACAGGUGAUCGGUGAUGAGGUCGUAUCGGGAGGUGGUGAAGCCGAGGCCAAGAAGCUGAUUGCGCAAAUUGAGGAAUACAAAAAGACCGGAGUGGUGUCGAGCAGUGAUCCCAAACUGGUGGCCAACGAGCUGAAGCAAAGUGCCCGGAUCGCACAGCUCGAGCACCGGUUACAUCAGCUGGAGGUAGCGGUUGGUACGAAGCCGGAACGCAUUAGUCGCCUGGCCGGAACGACGGGCACGGAGAAUCUGAUCGAAGCCGUGCAGAACAUUUCGGCAAAGGCGGCACUGCUACAACCUUCCCAGCUGGAUACGGUGGAAACACGGUUGAAUAAUUUGCUACAGCAGAUGAACAGCAUCCAGGAGAAAUCGAACGCCACGGGACAGGAUCCUAAUCGGGAGCAGAAGAUUCUGGAGCUUUAUGAAAUUGCAAAAAGCACCGAACCGAUCGUACAGAUCCUUCCCGAUAUGCUUCAUCGCAUGCAGACACUGGAAUCUCUGCACAAAUACGCAACCAACUUCAGCAAGCUGUUCGCCGAACUGGAAACCACUCAAGCCUCCAUCCUGAACGGUGUAGCGGGAAAUAAGGCCCUGCUAACCGGCGUGCAGGAAGCGUUCGCGCAGAAUCUGGAGAAUGUGAACAAGGAAGUGAAGAAGCUGGAAGACCGCAUGUCUAAAUUGCAGCAAAUGAUCAAGUAGAUGCGGAUGGUAGUGAUUCUCAGUUUCAAAUUCCACCUUCCUUUCCUUAGUUGUUCUAAUCACCGCCCCAAAAAUCGUGAUGCUACAUCCGGCUUCUUGGAUCAAGCAAACUGGCAAGAUAAUUGAUAUUUAAUUUAAACGCAGUCUAUUGAGCACGCAGUAGUGCGGCAACUAAUGAUUAACAAGUAAGAUAUUCGAAAAUACAAGUGCUUACUAAAAAAAUUAAA